GCGCCACCGCCACUGACAAGCGCCACGCGCUCGGCGCCGCCGCGCGCCGGAGGGCCGCGGGGAACGACGCGCGCCAAGCGCUCGGCGUCGGCGAGAAUCCAGGCGCGAACACCCCCGACGAACAGGUCCGGGAGCGCGCGCUGGCCCCGACCAGUGACGCCGGCUCCAACUGGCGCAGCGCCGCCGCCGCGGCGCCACGGAAGGCCGCCAUUGCCCCUGGCAAGUGCCAG